UGAUUAUAAGUGAUAUUGUUUAAAAUUAAAAUAAUGAAUUGCCAAAUCGAAACAUAAUCAAGCGACAAUAGUCUUUUUUUGAGUGCUGCAUACGUUAGUUGAAUCAAUCAACAACGUACUUCGAACAAAGCGAAACUUAACUAUUCAGUUUAUUUUGUUUGCAUUUUUGCAACGUUUUAACUUGCAUUGCAGAGCCAAUUUUAUCUCAAUAUAUCGCAGAAGCAUCAAUUUCGAACCAAAGUGAGUCAUACGCCUUUUGCGAUGCAAAUCGGCGUCCAUUGAAGCUGUGAAUACUAUGAUCUCAAAUGUAAUUUAUCAGUGUAGUGAAAUUGACCUACAUUAUUCCGAAUAAACAGGAUUAGAAUAUACGAAAAUCACCAUCAAAAGAUAUAUUAUAAAAAAAUAAAAAAUGCCAAUGAAUUCAUCCAGAUGUAUGAGUAAAUUUGUACAUUAUGACACCGAUGAAGACCUUUCUCUGAUGAACGUUAGUAUCUACAACUAUCCACGAGAGAUAUGGGUUACCAUCCCUGUUUGGGAAAUUGUGAUCAAAACCGUCACCUUCCUACCGUUGAUCACGUUCGGCAUUUUCGGCAAUAUCGCUCUACUGUGCAUAAUUUUCACCAUUCGAGCCCUUAAAACUCCAACCAAUAUGCUGAUCGCAAAUCUGGCCGUAGCAGACUUGGCGACCUUGAUCAUCUGUCCGGUAAUGUUCAUGCUGCAUGAUUUUUACCAAAAUUAUGUUAUGGGAUGCAUUGGAUGUAAGCUGGAGGGAUUCUUAGAAGGUCUCCUGUUGAUAACAUCCGUUCUAUGUCUGUGUGGGAUAAGCUACGACCGGUUGACAGCGAUCGUGUUCCCAAAGAAAUCCAGACUGACAAUGCGAGGCGUAACGAUUAUUAUUGCUUGUGCCUGGAUCGUGGGACUUGUCCUUGCUCUUCCUUUGACGAUCUACCGAAAUUACAAAGAACGCCAGUGGAAAAAUUAUUUGGAAACAUUUUGCGCAGAGAAUACGAGUUUUCUUCCGCAAUACUGGCAUGUGCUGAUUGGAGCUUUGGUGUGGUUCCCGCUGUUGGUGAUGAUCUGCUGCUACAGUUUGAUAUUCCUCAAACUUGACCGAUACCAAAGAAAGGUGUUGAAUCGGGAACAUCCCAUUUCAGUUUCGUAUAAAAGAAAAGUAGCCAAAUGCCUGUUUGUGGUACUUGUUGUAUUCAUCUUGCUGCGGAUACCAUUUACCACAUUAGUGUUCAUUCGGUACAACCGAUUUGUAAACGCAAACAGUGAUCAAAUUGGGAAAGAUUUUCAAAUACUUUGGUAUGUUUCUCAUUACCUGAUGUUUUUGAAUGCAGCCAUCAAUCCAAUCAUCUAUGGAAUGACGAACGAUAAUUUUCGAAAAGCUUACAAUAAGACAAAAAUUUGGAGAUGUUUCUGGAAGUCUGGACCGGUUAAAAAGAUCGAUCCCAGGAAAAAGGAACCUGCUGUGAUGAUAAUCGGUCAUCUCCAGCCUCGUGGCCCAUGUGGAAGUGACAAGUUUGUGAACUUUUCGGAUUGGGUUAUUCAGCCCAAGCAAGAGGUUCAAACCGCUGAAUCACGAGAAACAAAAACAUCCCAGCUGAAGGCCACUACAGAAGAGAUUCAAACAAAGAGUGAACGAAAAUCUUUGUACAGCUGCAACUUGAUUAUAGCCGAUCAGUUUCAGGAUAAGCAAAACAAGCUACAAUCAGUCGGAUUUAUUUGAAUAUCAAAUUUUUAUCAUAAAAAUAAUUGUCUCAA